AACUUCACGGUCUUCUUAUGGCCCCAUAAGAUAUCAUGAGAAAGGGCUCUCCGGCAGUCGGACCUUAUAAUUCUGGCACCAAGUUCACAAUCUCUGCCCAUAGCAAAGCCAUAGAUCCUGCAAAACCCUCGGCAAACAACCGGCAUUUUGAAGGCAAAUCGUGGUUUAUCAAGAGUUCUACUCCAACGGAUUUGACGAUUAGAGUGCACGGCGUUGCUUUCCACGUUCACAAGUCUGCGCUCCUCUCUCGAAGCGGGUACCUGACUCGAUUCGAACACGAGACGUCCGGAUCGGAAGGGAGCGAGCUCCUGAUCGACGACUUCCCGUGUCAGCCGGACGUGUUCAAGAUGGUGGUGAACUUCUGCUACGGCGCCGGCGUCGAGAUCACCGCCGGCAAUGUGGCAGCUCUCCGGUGCGCUGCGGAGUUCAUGGAGAUGACCGAGUCAGUGGCAGAGGGCAACCUCGUGGCAAAGACCGAGUCGUUUCUCGCCCUCGUCGCCCUCCCCUCGUGGCGCCACUCCUUCGACGUGCUCCGCUCGUGCGAGACGCUCCCACCUCUGGCCGAGACGCACCUGAUUGCGAGGCGUUGCUGCGAAUCGAUCGCUUCGAAGGUGCGUUGCUCCGCCAGCCAGGACGGCGUGGGCUCGGCCCGUUGGCUGGAUGACCUGUCGAGCCUCCGGAUCGAGCAUUUCUCCCGGGUCGUCACGAUGGUCGCGGCGAAGGGAGGAAGCCCGGAGGUCGUCGCGGUAUCGAUCGCGAAAUAUGCCGAGAAACGGCUGACGGGUGGCAGAGGAACGGCUACCGGCGACUCGGAACUGAGGAAUUCCUCGAGAAUGGGAUUACCCGAGACGGAGAACGAAGAAACCGGCACGUCUCCGUUCCACAACCACCGGUUCCUCGACGAGAUGCAGCAUGCCCAAAUCGGCCGGCGGAAGGAAAAAGAGAAGGAAAGCGCAACCCUGCACCAUACCGGUUCGAUGCCUGGCCUUGACGGCUUCGGGACAGAGUCGGUGACCGAAAAGAGGAGGAUGGUGGAGAGCUUGGUGAGCCUCCUUCCCGCGGGGAAAGAGGUGAUCGACGUCGGCCUCUUGCUGGGGAUGCUGAAGGCGGCAGUGCGUCUGGGCGCCGCUCCGGCGUUGGUCGGGGAGUUGGAGAAGAGGGUGGGGAUGAAUCUGGAGAAAACUAGCGCGGAGGAUCUCGUGUCGGUGGUCUCCGGUGGGGAGGACGGUGCCGAUGGUGUGGAGAUGGUGCAGAGGUUGGUGGAGUACUUCCUGAUGCAGGACGAUCGUGAGGGGAAGCUCGCAGCGGUGGCGAAGAUCCUGGACGGCUACCUUGCGGAGAUAGCUAAGCGGCCAGACCUCUCGCCUGCCAGGUUCCAAGUCAUAGCCGAGGCGUUGCCGGAGUUCGCCAGGACAUGCGACGACGGCCUCUACAGAGCCAUUGAUACGUAUCUCAAGGCACAUCAGACGCUGACUGAGCAUGAGAGAAGGAGGGUGUGUAGAGCCAUGAAUUGCCGGAAGCUCACCGUUGAUGCACGCCUUCACGCGGCCAGGAAUGAGCGGCUUCCUCUAAGAACAGUCAUAACAGUACUGCAUGAAGAGCAAGUAAAAAUGAGAGGGAAUUAUCUGCUUGAUGAGCACCUGCGCCAUGAUGUUGGCGAGCUCAGAGGAAACUGUCGAUGCGAAGGCGAAGUAAGCAGUCUCAGAGCCGAGGUGGAGAAGAUAAAGGAGAUGCUCGCAGAGCAGCAGUCCUACUGGAUGGAGCUUCAAGAAGAGAUGGGGAGGCAAACGAGGCAAAAGAACGGACCCGCAGGAGGGUGGAGCUCAGGGUGGAAGAAGAUCAAGAACUACUCACUCUUUCAAGGGAAGAUGAUCAACGGAGGGACAAAUGAUUUGCGGCAAAAGCACAUGCUGGGGGUGCAAUUGAGUCCCAAAAAUGAUAGGAUCAGGAGGAUGUCUAUGUCAUAGAAGCAACGAAGACCCAUUUUAGUUCUUCCUUACCACUGAGCAGAAAUUACUUAGAACGACAAAUCUCAUGCAAUUUCAUUUAGUAGAGAGAGGGAGAGAGACUAGAUGUCAAAGUUUGAUUAACUUAGUGUUUUAAGGAGCUGAUAAAUCUGCAAAAUAAGCCUAGUGGGUGACUGCGAAUAGCUCGUUUGUUAAUGUACAAUAAGUCUUGAUUGUUGUGUUCAACUUAGCUUCUAUGGCUUAUUCAGUAAAAUAAAUAUCUGAUGUCGAA